GCUUCCUGGUAAAGCAGUAAUAUUUAUAGCGCAACAGCCAUGGCAAUAUUGUUUACUAUGAUCCUGACGAUUUCCAGUUUUCGGGACAAAUUCCAACAUCAUAUGGCUAGAAUAUAUAACAGAGCUAUCAACUAUGUACCGAUCAGAUAUUGCGAGGAUGACCUAACGCCCGUCUCCAAGCACCGUCUGAAAAUGGUGGAUCGCAAAACUUUGGUUCUCGACAUGGAUGAGACGUUGAUUAAAUCGUUUAUAGAAUAUCAUUCCAGAAGAAGACAUAGAAGAAAGUCAAAGAAAAGGAAACCGCUCUUAGCUCCCGAUUUUUGCUUCUAUAUACCGGUUAACAAUGCUACCGUUUAUGUCUAUAAGCGUCCUCAUGUGGACUUCUUUCUCGAUCGCGUCUCCAAGUGGUACAAUCUCACUGUCUUCACAGCCGCCACAGAAAUCUAUGCCUCCAGGGUGCUGGACUAUCUGGAUGCGGGUCGAAACAUUUUGAAUCGUCGUUUUUAUCGACAUCAUUGCGUAGAUAUUUACGGUAUUCGGGCCAAGUUUGUAUCAUUAUGCCACAAGAAUUUGGCCAAUGUGCUGUUGCUGGAUGAUUGCCACAUGGCCAAUAGCUUCAAUGAGGGCAACGCGAUACGCAUUAAACCCUAUGAAAUGGGCACCAAGGACAUCGAGCUGCUCUGCAUGUUGCCCUUCCUCGAUGCCCUACGAUUCACCCGCGAUGUACGCUCUAUAUUGGGACGGAAUACGAAAUACAAGGGCCUAAAAAGCGCCAUGCGUUAUCAUUAUCACUUUAUAUAAAUACACAAUAUUUAAC